AUGCCGAAGCUCGAGCGACGGGAGCCGGAGGAGACUGUGGGUGCGGCUGCGGAUGGAGCUCGAGCCGCGGCAAGACCGCUCUCCCCGUCGUCGCUGAUCCCUUGUGACAAGAGAGCCCGGUCGACGGAGCUCGUACGGGUUUCAGUCCCGAGAGCCAUAGACGAGGGGUUCCUCCGUGAACUGGUGAGGAGGACGCGGGGGCUCUACGAGUCUCUCAGAGUGCUCCUGAUCUGCGGCAAGGAGGUGGACGGCCUAGUUUCCAAGGGGAGGAGGCACCGCGCCGACCUCAAGGUCGCCACUUUCAUGAUGCAGAAAGGCCUCUGGAUCAAUAGGGGCAAGCAGAUCGUCGGAACUCUUCCGGGGGUCCUCGUCGGGGACGUGUUCUUCUUCCGCGUGGAGCUCUGCAUGAUCGGGCUCCACGGCCAAGUCCAGGCAGGAAUAGAUUAUCUGCCGGCCGGCCGGAGCCCCAGCGGCGAGCCUAUCGCCACCAGCAUCAUCGUCUCCGGCGCGUACGAAGACAACGAGGACAGGGGGGACACCAUCAUCUACAGCGGCCACGGGGGGAGGGGCCGGAACGGGCAGAAGCAGUUCCAUGAUCAGAAACCCGCCGGCGGGAAUCUCGCCAUGGAGAAGAGCAUGGCCUACGGAGUCGAGGUCCGCGUCAUCCGCGGCCUGAAGUGCGACCAGAGCCCCAGCGGCAAGGUCUACGUCUAUGAUGGACUCUACAAAAUCACAGACUGUUGGGCUGAGGCCGGCAAGUCUGGAUUUGUAGUCUCCAAGUUCAGGCUUCUGAGAAUCGAGAACCAGCCCAAGAUGGGUUCUGCGGCCAUCAAACUUGCCGAGGAGCUGAAGUCUGAUAUGUUGAGGGUGAGACCGGUGGGAACCCUCAGUCUGGACAUCUCCGGCGGCACGGAGAACUUGCCGAUUUCUCUGUUCAACGAUGUCGACGGGGACGACUCCCCGCUUCGCUUCAAGUAUCUCGUAAGGCCGGCUCACUCUCCAGCGCUGCUUCAGCAGGCUACCGACAGCGCAGCAGUUGGCGGCUGCCGGUGCGAGUGCGAAUGCUCUGAUGGUUGCGACUGCGCCGUGAGGAACGGCGGGGAGCUUCCUUACGACGCCAGUGGAGUUCUCCUCAGAGGUAGGCCUCUGGUGUACGAAUGCGGCAGGUCUUGCAGCUGCCCGGAAACCUGCAGGAACCGUCUGACCCAGAGAGGGCUGAGGAGCCGGCUGGAGGUGUUCAGGACGAGGGAAAUGGCAUGGGGAGUGCGGCCACUGGAGCUGAUCAGAGCCGGGGCCUUCGUCUGCGAAUUCAGCGGCGUCGGGCUUACCAAGCGGCAGUCUGAUUGGCUCUCCAUGACAGGCGACAACAUGAUAUAUCCUAAUCAGUUCCCUCCAAGGUGGGUGGAGUGGGGGGACAUCUCGCGGGUCUGCCCCCAAUACCUUCCUCCCGUGGCUCCUUCCCUCCCUCUGCUUGAUUUCUCCAUGGACGUCUCCACGUACAGGAACGUGGCCUGCUACCUCAGACACAGCCGCAGCCCCAACGUGUUUAUGCAGUUCGUGGCGUAUGGCCACUGCGUUCCCCCACAUCCUCACCUCAUGAUCUUCGCAAGGGAAAGCAUCCCUCCCCUAAGAGAGCUCAGCAUUGACUACGGCAUGGGACAUCCGGAGAUCAUGAGCCAGGGGGAGUGCCCUGCCAAGGACAAGCACAGGCAACGGCAGAGGGAGUUCUCCGAGUCCUCUCGGCCGACGCCGACUUCGGGCUCGUCCACUCCGCGGACCGCAGAGCCAUCUCCGCCGCAGUCCUCGACUAUUGGACCCCUGCUCCGAGCGAUCACCCGGUCUCCUCUCACUUGA